GACCGGGAGAAGAAACGUCAAAUUCAUAAUCCUCGGGGAAAAGCCACUAGCUAGGGCUACAAACCUCGCCCAUCGUAACGGGAAAUACUCUCCAGGCAGAGAUUAAUCGGAAAUAGCUUCGGAACGGAGGCAGAGAGCGUUAUUGCCCGAUUAUGGAUGCAUCGUUAUCCGCGAUCAAAAUGGUCCGUACCAAACUCUGACCUAGAGCAUCGCCUCUUGCCCAUCGUGUUUCAACCCCCUCAUAAAUGAUACAGCUCCCUUUAUCAUGAGCUCCAUUAGUUCCUACGGCCAUGAUGACCUUUGUGAGGUACGGUCUCCCACGGAGGUUGGCUCUCCCACGACACUUGACUCUGACGAGUCACCGCCUGUGGCUGCUGGCAAUGAGGGCGGCUGUCUUCGUACGGAGGAUCUGAAUCGUUUAAUGGACGCUCUAGACGAGCGCAGCAUCAAGUUUCAGCGAAUGAAAGGCCAAGAGUGCCUCCCUGAGGCGAUGAUGCACGACCAAGGUGCGGUUGUCCCGGCGGUCGUGGUGUCUCCAUCCAAUGAAUCGGAGGUGGUUCAAACACUACAGAUCCUCACCAAACUUGACCUCUACCAUGGCGGCCAGGCUGUGUCAGUGAAGAGCGGAGGCCACGGUUAUUUCAACGGCGCCACGUGCGCCGACAUCAUGCUCAAUUUGUCGACCAUGAGGCAGCGCAAGAUCGAGCAUAACGUUCUCACAUUGGAGCCUGGCUGCCUCCUGGGCCAUACCAUUGACCUGCUUGCCAGGAACCACAAGGCGGUGCCUCAUGGAGACUGCUUUGGCGUCGGCGCGGGUGGCCAUUUCACCACCGCUGGCUGGGACAUCCUGCUUGCGCGCCGCUACGGUCUUGGUUGCCAGUCGGUGAUCGGUGGUCGGCUUGUUCUUUGGGAUGGCACGGUUUGGGACGUGGGCGACAAGGACCAUCGUGAUCUGCUCUACGCCAUGCGUGGCGGUGCCGCCGCGGGCACCGGCGUUGUCACGAAGAUCCAGCUUCGCCUAGAGGAGGAACCGGCCCUGGCCACGUGGCAAUUUGCUUCCGUCACGAAAGACGACCUGAAACACAGACUCGUAGCGCAGCGGGUAUUUCAACGAGCCGAGAGCCUGCCCCGGGACAUCACCGUCUCGCUUCGCUUUCACUACGAGCUCGGGGAGGACCAGCCCUCGUGUUCUUUCAAUGUGACGAGCCUCUUGACGGCCAAGGAGACUCUUCAAAAGCUAGAACGGCAUUUGGGUCCUGAGGUGUCCGAGCUGGUGUCUGAUCUGACCCGAUGGAAUGAAGGGUCGUUGCUGGACUUGCGUCUGAUACCCGCGUCGGACACGCUGCUGAAGAAUCCCCAGAUGUUGGCGGAGAUGACUGCCCGCUCCCUACAUGACAAUCCACGGUUGUACUGGAGUGAACAGCAGUGCUUGCGCGAGAUGGAGCGAUCUCACCUUCUUUCGCGCUCGUACUGGGUCACAAAUGACUGCGAUGACAUGUUCCUUGCCAUACAGGACGCGUUUGCAUCUGCACGGCAUCACCCAUGUCGAGAGCGCAUGUACGUCUUGGUUGUCUUGGGAGGUGGUCGGAUGCUGGACUCGGAUCUACCAUGCGCGAUGCCGCUAGGCCAAGUGCUCGCCCGUUUUGAGUCGCACUGGCUCAGGUCGGAGCAUGAAGGAUGGUGCCACCAAUUUGCGCAGAACAUCUCGAACAUCAUUCAGUUGCAUGAGGAUCCCGUACCACAUCGACCCUACCGAGGCGAUAUCUGGUUGCCGGAGCAGGCGAGUGAUAUCGUCUUGGACAAUAUCUCGGCAACAUACGAUACCCGGGUUGCAGAGGACCGCGCUACAUCCUAGGUGUCAGAAGCAGGAAAGUAUGUAUCGACUAUACUGCGAUUUGAUUCAAGUACGGUUAUAAUCGAAUCAGUGGAUACUUCGAUAGCGAGACUACUGGCUUCACUAGCGUUGGCCGCAGGGAGGAGUAUAGGAUUCAGAAGGAAAAUCCAGAGCUCGGUACUUGAUAAGCAAACAGCGCGUAGCAUCAACCCCCUGUAUAGCUGGAGUCUUGCCUGGCAUCCUAUCGG